AUGGAGAAUGGAAAAUUCUUCGAUCGACCAAUCAACUUACUUUAUCCACUGAAAAUAAAUGGAGAGGAGAGUGGAGAAGUCCAAACAACAACAAAGGAUAAACUAGAGGAACCAAUUGCUCGCCGAACUAGAGGAGACAGAGAAAACGAGAGUUUAUUCAACCAAUGGAUUUCUGAUAUUCCGUUUAACCUUCCACAGAAAUGGAACUGCAAUGAUCAAUUCACUGCGAAUUUCACGCUAAACGAAAUAGCGGUAUAUACCAAAACUCAUAUAAGGAUGCCAGCGCUCAAAUGCAACAAUAUCACUCGUACGGUAUGUACUAAAGUCUUUUUGAGACUUUCUUUAUCUGUAGAAUCACACCAGACCACUACUUCGGCAACAACUUCAUAUUUUUGGAAAGCAUUCGUUCGACAAACAAGCAGUUCGACAAAUGGAAUAGAUCUUAAGCAGAUAUCUCCAAAUCAAUGGAGAACUGCAAAGUCAUUUACCUUUAAAAAUAACGAAACAAUUAAUUAA